AAAACAGAGUCGUCUCACUUCGCACACAGAAUGAUUGUGGAAGCACUGUUUGCUUCCGGUGAUUAAAGAAACCUUGUUUGGGUUGGGUCGACUACUGAAGAGAGUGGAAAUUAAGCAUCGUUGGCUGUUUCUCUCCGUACAGUCACACCAUUGACGCUCCUUUUUCCUCCAUAAUUCUCGCGUUGUCAGUUUCCUCGUUGCCUCGCCGCCCGUAACUGCCAUAAAGCAGAAAGUUUGUUCUUAGCCUGGUGGGAGACAAAAAGGGUGGUUCUUUAGACCCUCAUUAUCUCUGCUUGGUUGCACAUUUUUCUCCCUUAAUUUUUUGUUUCUAAUGGAAGGGUUCAUGAUAUUCUCUAGAAAUUGAUCUAAUAAUAGUGUUGCUUAUUGGGUAGAAAUCUAGACAUGGAACUUGCCAUUCGUCACUUCGGAUUUCCUUUAAUGCGUUUAUUGUGCUUGGCUUGGAUAGUAGGUUUUUGAUCCAAUGGAGAAUGUAAUGGACCAUUUAAAACUAGCUGAGUUCAAGAAAGAGAGUUUGCGCAAAUCUUUUGAUCAAGCGCAUGCACAAGCUUCUUCCAUUCUCUUGUUUACUCUCCAGUGGAAAGAUUUAGAAGACCAGUUUGAAUCGUUAAAGAAUCCUUUAUUAAAGCAAGCACAAGAACUGGCUUUGCAAGAGAAAAAAUUAGAGGAAAACACUCAAGUGCUAAAGCAACGUGAAGAAGAGGUUGAAAUUAAGUUUAGAUGGGUCGAAGAGCGCUUGGAUGAGCUUCAACUGAAGGAAAAUCAAUUGGAUUUUAUUAAAAAGUGGAUUCAGGAGUGCACUUUGGAGCUUAGCUUAAAGGAAAAACAAUUGAAUUUGGCUCGAGAAGAGGCGGAAAAUUGUAAUGUAAAGGUUAGUAUGAAAAAAGAGCAACUGGGAUUGGUGCAGGAGGAGCUUGAUGAGUGUAAUGAGGAGCUUAGAGUGAAAAAGGAGCAACUAGUUACAGUUCAAAACUUGAUGGAGGAACUUACUGGGGAGCUUGCGUCGAAGGAGACAAAUUUGGGUUUGGUUAAAAUGAAGAUUGAUGAGUGUUGCAAGGAACUUUGUGCAAAAGAUCAGCAGUUGGGAUCAGUGCAGAAGUCACUUCAGGAAUGUUCUAAGGAGCUUGAAACAAAGCAGGAGGAGUUAGAGAAGGUGAAAAUUUUGUCUAAAGAACGUAUUGAUGAACUUGAGCUGAAAGAGAGGGAGUUGGAUGCAAUAAAGAACUCGAUUAGUGAUUGUAAUGGUAAGCUCAAGUUGAAUGAGAAGCAGUUGGAAACUCUGCAGGAAUUGACAGAGAAAUGUUCUAGGGAACUUGGCUUUAAAGAGAGAAAAGUGGGUGAUAUUCAAAAGUCAAUUGAUGAGUGCUUGAAGGAGCUUGAUUUGGAAAAGAAGGAACUUGAUGCAACCCAAAAAAUGACCAAUGAAUACCAGAAAGAGGUUAACUUGAAAAAGGAGGAGCUGAGUAGAGUCCAGAAAUUGAUUGAGGAGAGAUCGAAAGAUCUAGCUUCAAAAGAGAAUCAUCUUGAUUCAAUCAAAGUGUUGAUUGAAGAAAAUACUGAAGAACUUGAGGCUAAAGAGCAACAAUAUGAUGCAAUUAAGAAGUCUGUCGAUGAGUGUUCCGCAAAGCUGUCAUUGAAAGAGACAGAGGUGAAGUUGAUUGAAAAAUCUAUUAGAAAUCUCUCUUCAAAGCUUCAGUCAGAAGAGAAGAAAUUAGACUCUGUACAGAAAUUGAUUGAGGAGAGGUUGAAAGAUCUUGAUUCAAAAGAGAAACAUCUUGAUUUGAUCAAAGUGUUGAUUAAAGAAAACACUGAGGAACUUGAAGCUAAAGAGAAACAACAUGAUGCAACAAAGAAGUCUAUGAAUGAGUGUUCUGCAAAGCUGACAAUGAAAGAGACAGAGGUGGAGUUGAUUGAAAACUCUAUUAGAAAUCUCUCUUCUAAGCUUCAGUCAGAAGAGAAGGAAUUAGAUUCUGUCCAGAAAUUGAUUGAUGAGAGGUUGAAAGAUCUUGAUGCAAAAGAAAAACAACUUGCUUCCAUGAAAUUGUUGAUCGAAGAAAACGAUGAAGAACUUGCAGCUAAAGAAAAAAAACAUAAUGCAAUAAAGAAGUCUAUCACUGAGUGCUCUGCAAAGCUGACAUUGAAAGAGAAAGAGUUGGAGAGGACUGAAAAAUCUAUCGGAGAUCUAUCUUCAAAGCUUCUGUUAGAAGAGAAGAAAUUAAAAUUUGUCCAAAUGGAGGCAAAACAGCAGGCCAAGGAAUUUCAAUUAAAAGAAAAGAAGCUCAAUUCGCUCAAAGGCACAUUGAAAACAUAUUUUGAUGAUCUUGAAUUGAAAGAUAGGGAGUAUAAUGCUGUUCGAGGAUCUAUUGAAGAAAAGAAUGAAGAACUUAAAUCAAAGGAGGAGCUGCUGAAAUCAGUCCAAAUAUCAAUCAUAGAGUGCACUGAGCAGCUUGAAUUAAUGAAGAAACAGCAGAGCACUGUCCAAAAAUCGAUUGUGGAAUGCUCUAAUGAGCUUGAAGCAAAAAAGAACAAUAUUGAUUUGAUGGAAAAAUCUUUGAAGGAAUGCUCUGAUCUCCUUGCAUUAGAAGAGGCAAAGUUGGAUUCAAUACGAAGAUUUCACAAAGAGCACGAAGAAAAGAAGAGGUAUUUUGAUUCACUUGAAAGAACAUUAGAAGAACGCUUGGAGAAGCUUCAAAUGAAAGAGAGGCAUUUUGAAGAAUGUGUCAAGAAGUUUGAAUUACAAAGGGAAAAACUUGGUUCGAUGCAAAAAUCGGUUGAGGAACUAUAUAAGAAAGUGGAAUUGAAACAGAAACAAUUAAAUUACAAUGUGCAACCUGAGAAUUUGAUGCUUAACUUUACUGGUAAUCAUUUAUCCGUUGGUUAUCAAAGCUGUAUCUCAAAUGAUGGACAGAAGCUGCAGUUGCUCUUGAAUGAACACUUGAGAAAGCAUGAUUUGGUUCACAGGGAAGUCUUUAUAGCUAUUCAAAAGUCACCUGACCCAGCAAAGUUAGUGUUAGAUGCUAUGCAUGGGUUUUACCCCGCAGGUCUGAAGAAGGGGAAUAUGGAGUUUGAUUUGAGUGUCAUUAGGAGGAGUUGUACUACACUGUUGGAGCAGUUGUUGAAAAUAUCUCCACAGAUUAAGCCAGAAAUAAAACAAGAGGCAAUGAAGCUCGCUGGUGAGUGGAAGGCCAGGAUGAGUGCAGUGGAAGAAAACUCUUUGGAGGUGUUGGGUUUUCUGCAACUUUUGGUUGCCUUUAAACUGGCCUCUGCUUUCUGCCCUGAUGAGAUUCAAAGUUUCCUUGGUACUGUUUCUCAGCAUAGGCAGGCACCUGAAUUAAGACAGGCUCUUGGAAAUGCAAAGACUUUAUCUGGAAGCAACAUUUUGUCUUCCAAUGUAAAAGUUGAACCAAUGGAGCAUUUGCAUGUCAGUGGUCCAGUAUGUUCUUCAUCUGCAAAUUUUGAGUCCGCCGUGAUCAUGGAUGGGAGUUUUCUCUUGUUCCAAAAUGAGGACUUGAUUGAGUAUGAGUUGAAGCCUGAUGAAGUUUUAGCUGUCUUUAAGUCGUCGCCAAACCCAGCAAGGUUUGUUUUGGACUUGGUGCAAGCAUCAUAUAUCCAGCACUGGAAAAAUGAAGAUAGAGGACUUGAUGCAAGUGUUUUGAGGAGUAAGAUUCUAAUAUUGGAGCAGCUGAUGAAAGUCUCACCAAAAAUAAGUCCUCUAGAGAGAGAAGCAGCUAAAAAGCUAGCAGUUUCCUGGAAAGAAAAUAUAAGAUUGCAGACAGAGAAUCAAAUGGAAGUUUGGGCUUUUUUGCUUUUUUUGGCUGUAUAUGGAUUAGUGUCUUUUUUUGUUGGAGAUGAGAUUUUACAACUCAUCUAUAUUAUUGCUCAUCUCAGACAUGCUCCUGAAAUAUGUCGGAUCCUUGGUUUUACAGCUAAGGUCCCUGUGUUGGUUCAGAAUCUUCUUGGAAGGGAGCAAUAUAUAGAGGCUGCUAGAUUUAGUUGUGCAUAUGGGCUAAUUGAACAUUUCCCUCCGCAACACAUCCUGCAAAAGCACUUGCAGAGUAUAAGGAGGAGGGCCUGCAUCUCCAUGAACAGAAAGGAUUUGCCUGAAGCUCAGAUCUUAUUGCAGGUUGAGGCCAUAAAUAAAGAAGUACGUGCUCUUAGAGCCAUGUCAGCCUGCAUGGCAGAUUUCAAGCUUGAUUCCAAAAUUCUGACUCAAAACAUCACAGAACUCAUUGUUGAGCUGGAAAAGCAAAAGGCAAGCAUCAGAAGCUUUCCACCAGCCACUCCUAUUGUUCAACCACAACUGCAAGGUGGAAUCAAUCACACUAUCGGCACAUCUAGCCCCAAGCCACAGCUACGCAACCGGGACUCGACGGAUAGAUUGCAAUUCCAGGGUAAUAACAAGCGUCUCAAAAUGAGCGUUCUAAGAUUGUAGCUUGCUUCUGGGGAAAAAAAAGGCUCUGCUAGCUGUAGGUUGUUUCUAUCAUAGGGCUGUAGCAGAAGCUUGAGAGUAAAGAAUAUGCUUUGUUGUGAAGUUCCAUAGAUGGCCGCCACUUUGUACACGAACCAAAAGCAGCUAAAAUGAAGUAUAUUUAACGAUUUUCUA